AUGAGCAGUAUCAGAGCAUACGAUAUUUGCCAUGGCACAGAAGAUAUCGCGCUCGCUCCUGUCCUUCAAAAUGCUGCCAAUCCAACCUUUCUCAAUAUCAAAAACGGGACCCAGUUCAGAAAAUAUGUUAGCGAUAUUGGCAAUGCAACAGAGUCUGAAAUGGUCACCAUCGAGUAUCUCUGCUCCUAUAACCCAGAUACUCUUGGGGACUUAUGGCUAGUCAAUGAAGAGGGAAACGGGGUCGCCCAGUUGACAAAAGAUUAUUACGAAGCGUUUGGUGGUCCUGCCAUUGACAGAUCGCGGGGUGUGAACGUCUACAACUUCAGCCAAGGGCUUUUUGACAGUAUGCUAGCUCAAGUGAAGAGUGAUCUACCUCUUCAAGAAGAAGCGCAAACUUGGGUAAGGAACAUUAAGGAUCGUGCUCAUGCAGAGAAGAGCAACGUGUUAGACAAACGAUUUGGGGGAAUCCUUGUCGUGUUUGUCACGCCUUCCAAUGUUACUUCACACUCCUCCCUGAUGGAUGUUGAGGUUGUAGAUAGGUUCGCGUUCUCGGAGGGAUACAGCGCCAUGAAGGCCGCAGGCAAAUCGCAGGUCCCUAUAUUACACCAACAACAAAGAAACCCCCACCACCAACAUCGCCAUGGAACAACGUCAACGUUCUGGCUGCGAACCUUGUUCGCCGGGUCCCGCGGGAACCUGAGCUCCCAUGCUAGAGAACGACCCCAGCGUGACCUCCUGACACGUUCGCAAGCACCGUCUGCCAUUGAGAUUGACGGCGAGCCGGAAUACUCACCAGCGAGAGCGGGGACGGCCGGAACUACUAGGGGCGGGUACUUCAUUGAACGCACCUUGGAUCACAAGAAGCGCGCACGAUCGACGAUUUCUCGUGUCAAAUGGCUUAGCUACAAUGACAGCAAGUCUACGUGGGAACGCUUCGAGCACGUCCAAGAUACAGGAGCGCUAGAAAACUACGAGCAAUUUCUACAGGAACGCGCGCAAAAGCCAAAGCAGAAUCGCAGGCGACAGAAGAAGUGA